AUGAACGAUAUAGAGGUAUCGGAGGCGCUUGCCUCCCUUGAAAUGGUUAUGUCAGAGUUUAAUGCACCAACUACAAAUAAUUUUAGAAAGAGGGAAAUUGAAAUAAUGCUCGAAAACUUUUUCAAUAACAGAGAAUCAUGGAAGCAUUGCUUGUUAUUUUUACAAAAAUCGCAGAACCAAUAUGUUCUUAUGUUGAUAUUGAAUACUUUGGAGAAUAUCAUCAAUAGGCAAUGGUUCUAUUUAAGUGAUAGUGAAAAGAUUGAAAUUAGAAUGACUCUUUUAUAUGAACUCACAACUAAACAUGAUAUGCUGUUAUAUUUUAUCAGAAACAAAUUGGCUGCAUUAGUGGUUUCUAUUGCACGGAAUGAUUGGCCUCAUCUUUAUCCAGACUUUUUUAACAAUAUUGUAGAGCUCUUAAAAUGUGAUGGUCAAAGAUGUAUAGUUGGCUUAGUCUUGGCCCAAACAGCAAGUGAAGAGUUAGGAGCAGCUCGUGACACAGGUGUGUUACUGCCAUCAGAACGUAGAAAUCAGCUAGAAAGACUUAUGCUUAAAGGAAUGCCUCAAAUGCUUGUUGCUCUUGGAAAUAUUCUGGAGAAGAAUUCUCAAAAAGAAGGUCAAUCAAAUCCUCCGCCAUCACCAACUAGUGGUAUGCCACAGUCCUCAGCUUUGCCAGAUUUAUUGGCUAAUGCUCAUGAUGCCCAUACAAGCGAUAAAAAUUUGAACAUGGAAAUAGUAGUGAAAUGUUUAUCGACACUUCAACAUUUGUUCUCAUGGUUACCGCUAUCUUCUCACGUUCCUCCAUCUCUUGUGACCACUGUGUUCUAUUGGGGAAGUAUAGCGACGCAGUCUAUGAGUAUGGAAGCGGCAUUAGCCGGUCUGGGCGGAGUCUGCGAGUUGCUGUACAGACGAUACGCGCCGCCCUCAUCUGCAGCGACUGCUUUGCGGCUGCAUCACUGCUCACUGCGUCUCUUACGUCAUCUUACACACCACUCGCACCAUAUGCAUCGGACGCAGCACGAAUACCUUAAUAAGUUAUCAGAAUUCCUGAAACUAUUUGUAUCAUUGCAUUUCAAGCGACUCGAAGCAGAGCCCGAGUUUGAUGCCAUUGAAUUUUUGUCUUACUUGUUCCAAUUUACAUUCCAGGUGCCAACAUGUGCUACUUUCAUUAGUUGUUUAGAUAUAUGGUUACAAUUUAUCGAUGUUUUAAAACCGGAGGACACAACGAAAUAUUGGGAGGCUUUGCAAGCACUAGUAAAUGGAAUUCUCAACAAAAUACAAUUUCAACACAACAAGGCACAGCUACAGCACCUCGAUAAUGAUAUUUGUGAUGACGAUGGUGAAACUGAAUGGCAGACAUUCCUGAAACACUGUAUCGAAUGUAUAGCUCGAGUUGCUGAUUUAGCACCUUUAGAAGUGUUUACAGCUGUGAUGGAGCGUUGGCAAGGUCUGGCUGGGGUACACGCUCGCGCUGUAGGGCGUGGCGCGAGUGGGACUUCUUUGUCCGCACCCGCUGAUGCUGACCGUCUUCUUGCAGCGCUGUUGGAUCUCGCUACGCUAACGAGGCUUUUGGGGAGAUUGGCACCAGCACUUCUUAGCGAGACAGAGAACAAUGAAAGCGGAUCUGGCAGCAGCGCGGCGGCAGCAUCGGCGGGUGCUGCUCUAGUAGAGCGGUGUGCGAGUGCGUUAGCCGGCGCUGCAUUAACUCGCCCGCACCGUGCUGCGGCAUAUGCCCAUGCGCAUGUUACACUGCAUGCGGACAUGUUUGCGUGUAUGGGUGCGUGGUGCUGUUACGCAAACGAGUGCAACGUGCCCAUUCAUACUAUGGAAGGACUUUUCGCGUCAGCUGUACCUUUCUUGAUACCGCACGAAGUUCCGGAACCACCUUUGCUAUGUCACGCCGCCGCCCACUUAUUGCUAAGUCUAUCAAAGAACAUCAAGUUUUCUCGUGACCCGAUAACAUUGUGUGGCGAUCUCUAUAACCAUGCGGAACGAUCAUUGCAUUAUUUGGAGCCAAAGACAGCGGCAGUAGUCCGCGAAGCUCUAGUGUCGAUGGCGCUAUCUCGGGGCCCCAGCGGCGUAGGCGCAGGUGGCGACGCAGCCAGAGCCCUAAUUUCCGCAUGGGCUGGUGGCCUUACCACUGCGGGACCAAAAAUAGCUCUUCCACCUCUCACGGAGCUAUUACAUGCUUUUGCUGAUGCGCCUACAAAUUCCAAAAAGAUUCUGGCUGAAAGCUUAUGCUGGGCGGCCGAGAGUGCUCUACGAAUGUUAUGCGAGCCGAGCUACGCGGCCGCCGAACCCGAGAUUACGGAUUUCUUUUUGUCACUGUUCACCGCCUUACUGCCGCAGCUUGGAAACUUUGCGUAUACCGCCAUCGAACUAUUCCUACAAGUCGCACAGAAAGGUUCCGGUGACAACGAAGUCAGUCUAGAGCGUCUAGUGGAGUGUGUGCGGUUGGGGGUGGAAGCUGGUGGAGGUGGUGUCCGAGUCCGUGCAGUUCUCGCUUUGCUGCAUCAACAUGUGUUGCCUCGCGCUGGACCCGAAUCGCCUGCGUUGGCUCGGGCCGCGCAUCGAGCUCUGGCCAGUGUAUUAAUAUACCGAUGGCGAUACUUCUUUCCCCAUAAAUGUGAGGGUGAAGAGAGCGCACGACGUUUGAACGAACUGCGUGGUGCUCUUGCCGCGCUUGGCAGAGCCCUCUUGCAACCGGAUAUAGAACUUCUACGAACCAACUUACACACUCUGGACUUGCUUGACACCAAGUGGAAACUUUAUCAUAAGGCGAUAUUUCGUUCGGAGUUCAUGGGCGAGUUCUUAACUGUGCUCCUAUCCGGACUAUGUGAGGGCGGCGCUCGCGCACUUCUUCGCGACGAGGCUAUUUCGUGCCUGCACUCGAUGGCUAACGUCGAUUUUCCGACUUUCCGAUGCGGUUUUCUGCCUCACUUCUUAUCUUCUUUGCCGGACCUAGCGCCUGAACAUAUACAGCAUCUUGCCGACUUUCCGCCAGAUACGGAUCUACCGACGUUUUCCCAAAAUAUCCUACGGCUGAUGAACGACGUGAAUUGUUACCGCGCGUAUCGUACGCUGUCACUUCCCACGAUGGACGCGUAG